CAGGUGUACUAAAUUUCUAUGCACGAGCCAAUAUUUUUCUUUGACAAAAUUCUUUUAACUUCUUCUUCUUCUUCUCCAGCCUCUUACUUAAGCCACUUUAACUCUAUAAUAUCUUGAGUUUUUCUUCGACACAGAAACCCGAACCUCUCCGAACAAUGCUCGAAACAAACACAGCUUCGGGUUCGCCUCUGCAACCUCACAGAAAAAAAGUCUCAUGGCCCUUCACCUUUAUACUCUUUGCUGUCCUGGUUCCCAUAGUUGCAGCCCUGCUUCUCUACCGACUUGACUCCUUAGACCCGGCUCCACUCCCACAGCACGAGUUGGCUGGCCCACUCGCUACCGCCCCGGCACGUAACGACCGGUUACUCCAUGGGUCAGAGUUUGUGGGAGCCGGGUCUUUGUUGGGCCCGGAAGACGUUGCUUACGAUUCAAAGUCGGGUCUGAUUUAUACGGGUUGUGCGGACGGGUGGAUCAAGCGGGUCAGGCUGAACGAAUCGGCAACUGACUCUGUGGUGGAGAAUUGGGUCAACACGGGAGGUCGGCCGCUGGGACUCGCUCAUGGGCUUCAUAACGAGGUCAUCGUUGCCGACGUAGUAAAGGGGCUACUAAGCAUAAACGAAGGAAGAGUGGUGGAGCUAUUGACAGAUGAAGCUGAGGGUGUAAAAUUCAAUUUGACAGAUUUUGUGGAUAUAGCAAAAGAUGGCAUGUUUUACUUCACAGAUGCUUCACACAAGUACAGCUUGAAAGAUGCAGAUGUGGAUAUUCUGGAGGGUAAACCAAAUGGUAGAUUGUUGAGCUACAACCCAACCACUAAACAAACAAAAGUUCUGCUCUCUGACCUUUACUUUGCUAAUGGAGUUGUAGUUUCACCGGACCAGAACUCUCUCAUUUUCUGCGAAACCACCAUGAGAAGAUGUAGAAAAUACCAUCUACAAGGGAAGAACAAAGGAAAAGUUGAAAAAUUCAUUGAUCGUUUGCCAGGCAUGCCUGAUAACAUUCGUUAUGAUGGGGAAGGCCUUUACUGGAUUGCCUUGUGUCAGGAAAUUACCCCAUUCUUGGAUUUUGCCUACCGAUAUCCUUUUAUUCGUAAAGGUCUAGCAAUCUUGCAGAGAUAUGGAGCUCCACCACUCAAGGAGAAGAAUUCUGGAGUUUUUGCAGUUGAUUUGGAAGGAAAACCUGUUGCUCACUAUUAUGAUCCUGGUUUAUCAAAAAUUACAAGUGGGAUCAAGAUUGGAAAUCAUCUCUACUGUGGCUCCGUUGUCAAUUCCUACAUUUUACGCCUCGAUCUUGAAAAGUAUGCUGCACGGUCUACCAAAUGAUGAAUGGAAACACCUCCAAAUGUGAACCACAACAUGUACAACUUAAUGUGUGUUUUUUGUUUGGACAUUCAGGGGACAUCUUCAAUGAAACUAAUGCAAAUUCAAAUUUA